AUGGGUCUUAUGCGGUUAUCUUCUUCAUUGCUUUCCAAUGUAAAGAGUUUUACCAAAUUGAACUCCAUUCGCAACAGCAAUUAUCAAGGGGAUGUGCCGAAAGGUCACCUAGCAGUGUAUGUAGGUGAAAACCAAAAGAGGCGGUUUGUGGUCCCCGUUUCAUACUUGGAACAACCGUUAUUUCAAGAGUUGUUGCGUCAGUCGGAGGAAGAAUUUGGGUUUGAUCAUCCAAUGGGAGGCCUAACUAUUUCAUGCGAAGAAGAUCAAUUUUUUGAGCUCACUUCCCUAUUGCAUGCUUAA